AUGUCACAGCCCACCCAGCGCAAGUGGCGCAUCACCGUCCUCAUCUCGGGAUCAGGCAAGCUCCCCCUUCCUCCUCGCUCAAACCUGCAAGCAAUCCUCGACGCAACCCAGCUGCCAGCCUCAGACCCGCUCUCCCUCUCCCAUUGCACCGUCACCGCCGUCUUCUCCUCCCGCACCGACGCCUUUGGACUCACUCGAGCACGCACAUUCGCUCCCUCUCCGACGCCAGCCGAGUCUUUCCCCUUGCUCAGAUGGAAGAAGCAGCCUGGCAAUGAGGGAAAGGGACGGGCAGAGUGGGAGCGCGAUUUGGCGACGAAGAUUAGGGACACCAAGCCGGACUUGGUGGUGCUGGCGGGUUGGAUGUUGAUUCUCGGCGAAGGGUUCCUCGACGAACUACGACGAGACUGGGACGAAGACGACGCAGGGGUCUCCUCGCCUCCCUCCUCGACCUCUUGCCUCCCCUCGCUCGACCCGAACUCGCCUUCUCCCAUCUCGCACGGCCUUCCCACGCCCGGCUCGUCCCCUUACCCCUCCUCCCUCCCCUCAGACGCGCUGCGCAACCGCCCCAUCCCAAUCAUCAACCUCCACCCCGCUCUACCAGGCCAAUUCCCCGGCGCGCACGCCAUCAAGGACGCCUGGGACGCAUUCAACACACCCUCUUCCUCGACCUUCACCUCUUCCACCUCUUCCUCCUCCGCAACCCUCGAGACUCUCGAUCCCGCCACGAACGAGGGUGAAGUGGGAGGAAGGAGGAUCACCAAGACGGGCAUCAUGAUUCACCGCGUUAUUCCGCUAUUGGACGCGGGCGCACCGGUGAUCGUGAAGGAAGUACCGCUGGUGGAGGGCGAGUCGCUGGAGGGAUUGGAGGAGAGGAUCCAUCAGGUUGAACAUGUGGGCAUCGUCGAGGCUGUCAAGGAGGUGACGAGGUUGCUUGGAGAGGGGAAGUGGUGGGAUGAGGAGGGCGUUGAGCGGGGACAGGUGGUGCCUCAGGUGUGA